AUAAUUUCAGAAACGAUUUGUUACUCUCCAAAUAUAAUAUUCAUUCUCCAUUUCAUCACUCUUUUUUUCCUCUCCUCUUUUCAUCUUUCAUCAAGGAAAACCACAACACACAUGGCCGACAAUAACAUUCAACCAUGGCCAAGAAACAAAAACAUACGUCCAUCGGUUGAUAGCAACGACACCAUCCAACGAUCCCCCAGAAGCUCCGGCGGAUUCACAACGGACAAAGACAUAGGCAGCCGCAGACCACCAAGGCAUCAUCAAUCUGUAGACAGUGUCGAUAGCACUUCGAGCCUAUACUCUAUCGACUCUCGAAGAUCAAAGCCACCACCACCAGGGACUUACCACGUUCAACUCCCCAAAGAGCAAAUCUACCGUGUCCCCCCGCCGGAGAACGCUCACCGCUACGAGUACCUCUCCCGCCAGAAACACAACCGAUCAGCUUGCCGCCGAUGCUGCUGUUACUCCUUGGCUACGCUGCUCGUUCUCCUCUUGCUCGCAGGACUCGUCGUGGGGGUCUUUUUACUAGUCUGCCGGCCGCAUAAGCCGCGGUUCUCCGUGAGCGGAGUCUCCGUCGCCGGGGUCAAUCUCGCGUCACCGUCUCCGAUCUCUCCGGUGUUCAAGAUCAAGGUGAGGUGUAAGAACGUUAACGGUAAACUCGGUUUGGUCUACGAGAAAGGAAGCGCGGUUGAGAUUUUCCACGAGGGGAUCAAGCUAGGUGACGGCGAGUUCGCGGCGUUUGAGCAGCUGGCUGAAAAUGUGACGGUGACGGUGACGAAGCUAAGGGGGUCGAGGAUCCAGUUAAAGAGCUUGUCGCGCAAAGAACUUAAGGACUCGGAGAAGACAGGAAAAGUGCGCUUUGACUUGAGAGUUAAGGCGCCGAUAAGGUUUAGGGUUGGUGUCGUGACGACGUGGACUAUGGGCGUUACCGUGGACUGCAAGAUAACAGUGAACAAACUGACGUCAUCAGCUACAGUGAUAACGGAAGAUUGUGUUACGCAAGACAUAAGCCUGCUGUGA